AUGUGUUCAGUGUUUAAGGAUAGACAAAAUAAAACAGAAUCAUCAUCAUCAUCACCGUCCUCACCAGCAGCAGCAGCAGCAGCGAUAACACCGACAAUAUUAUCAAAUAAAAAAACUAUACCUUCAUUUUCUAUUGAAAAUAUUCUACAACAAUCAAAUCAUUCAUCGAAUGAUUCAUGUUAUUCGAUAACAAAUCACAAUCAAGACUGUCCGUCUAAAUUUCUUCAAGUGACAUAUUCUACAAAUUCUAAGUUGUUUAUGCCUGGAGUCGAUUUGAUAACUUUCUCAAAUGAAGCAUCAAUUUAUUCAACUUUUACUUCGAAUCAGUUAAGUGAAUUAGAUCGAUUACACGCACAGCACAAUCAAAAUCACAAUCACCAGCAACAACAACAACAACAACACCAACAAGAAGAACAGCACCAGGAGCAACAACAACAACACCACCAACAACAACAACCCUAUCGACGAAAACGUACUGCUUUUACACAGUCGCAGUUAUUCUGCUUAGAACAAAGUUUUCUGUGUCAAAGAUAUUUGAGUGUUACAGAAAGAGCUGAUCUUGCAGCACAUCUGGGUCUAUCUGAAUCACAAAUUAAAACAUGGUAUCAAAAUCGACGAACUAAAUGGAAACGUCAGAUGACUACAAUAUUACGUAAUGAAGAUUUAAGUAAACGUGAAUUAUCAUCUAAGCAGCAUGAUUUCAGCCUUAAUUCAUCCACAUUUUGUCAUGAAACACUGGAACCAAAUGGCUGCCAUAUUGUCAGACCACAAAAUGAUGAGAAAUCUUUAUACGGGAAUGAUUUUCGUAAUGGUUAUAAAAUGAUCAGUGAACUAUUACAAUGGUUUAAAGCAAAUCGAUAA